AUGGAAUCUGCGUGUAGUAUUCAUCGGCCGAAUUUGUUUCAUGGUGGGGAUGGUGCGAGUUACUGCUUGCCAAAUCGGUUGAUAAGUGGGAAACUAUGUCCUAAAGGAAUCAACUAUAGAUUUUGGGAUCAGAAGCUUUAUCCUAAAGUGUAUUUGGGUAAUAGAUUGAGGGGGAAUGUAGCACAAAGUGGUACGUUGGCUUUGAAUGCGGGUUUCACUGGAAGAUUUUACAGUCAUUUGCAUCCUAGAAAAUCAAUAGUUGGCAAUGGCCACCAAGCUAAGAAUAUCCCCUUUGGAUUUAGGUUAAGUUGUCAAGGUAAUGAUUCUCUAGGUAAUGCGGGAAGUCAUGAGGGAUUUUCAGAAAGAAAUGAUGAAAGCGAAGCUACAGUUUUGAAAGAAGAAAAAGAUGUGAAAGCGGGAAACGAAACUGAUAGUUUGGAGGAACUCAGGGAGUUACUACAGAAGGCAAUUAAAGAAUUGGAUGUUGCUAGACUCAAUAGUACCAUGUUUGAGGAAAAGGCUCAGAGAAUAUCUGAAACUGCUAUAGCACUCAAGGAUGAAGCGGCUAGUGCUUGGGACGAGGUGAACAAAACCCUUGAUGUGGUUCGUGAUACGGUUGAUGAGGAAUCUGUUGCUAAAGAAGCUCUUCAAAAGGCUACAAUGGCGUUGUCUCUGGCUGAAGCAAGGCUUCAGGUUGUCGUGGAAUCACUUGAAGCAGGUGAAGAGAAUGGUGUUCCCGAAGCAGGUGGAGGGAAUGGUUUUCCCAAAGCAGGUGGAGAGAAUGGUGUUCCCGAAGAGUCUGAAGAGACUGAGAAAAGAGAUGAUGUUAAAGAUAAAGAAGAAGCCCUUUUAGCUGCAAAGGAUGACAUAAAAGAAUGCCAAGUGAAUUUAGCCAAUUGUGAGGCCCAACUGUGUUGUUUGCAGAGCAAAAAAGAUGAGCUGCAAAAGGAAGUGGACAAGUUGAGUGAGUUUGCUGAGACUAUACAGAUCAAUGCGUUGAAAGCCGAGGAGGAUGUCGCAAAUAUUAUGAAACUGGCUGAACAAGCUGUCGCAAUUGAGCUUGAGGCUACUCAACGCGUUAAUGAUGCAGAGAUUGCUUUGCAGAGAGCAGAGAAGUCUCUCUCCAUUUCGCAGACUCCAGAAGAAACCCAAGGCCAACUCUCGGAUGAAGAAACUCCUCUUGAGGAUGAGGUGGUACUCUCAAGUAAUAUUGAAGAUGUUAGCCACCAGGUUGAAAGAGAAUCGCCAAUAGAUGGAGGUUUAUUAGCGGUAAAGAACACAGCUGAUCUUGUGCCUGAUAAAGUUGGUCAGAAGGCUCAAAAGCAGCCAUAUGAUUCGAGCGAUAAUGAGAAUGGAAAGCCAAGUGUAGAGUUUUCUAAAGUGGCUGAAGCAGAUUCUGAAAAGUCAAAGAUUCUUGUUCAGACGAAAAAACAGGAAACACCGAAAGAUCUGCCAAAGGAGAGUUCUUCUCUUAAUUCCCCCAAGGCAUCAUUUAAUAAAUCAUCCCGUUUCUUUUCUGCAUCUUUCUUCUCUUCCAGUCAAGAUGGGACCACGACAGUGUUUGCAAGUCUGGUUGAUUCUUUCAAACAGCAAUGGCCCAAGCUUGUUCUUGGAAUUGCACUUCUUGGGGCAGGACUGACAUUAUACUCCAAUGGAGUAGGGGGGAACAAUCAGCUGCUUCAACAGCCGGAUGUUAUCAGCACUAGUUCAGAAGAUGUCUCUUCCAGUACGAAGCCGUUGAUCCGCCAAGUGCAGAAAAUUCCCAAGAGAAUUAAGAAACUGCUUGAGAUGAUCCCUCACCAGGAGGUCAACGAGGAAGAAGCUUCCCUUUUUGACUUCUUGUGGUUACUGCUGGCAAGCGUCAUAUUUGUGCCUCUAUUUCAGAAAAUUCCUGGAGGCAGCCCUGUUCUUGGGUAUUUGGCAGCUGGAAUUCUGAUUGGUCCUUAUGGUCUUUCGAUAAUUCGUAAUGUGCACGCAACCAAGGCCAUCGCAGAAUUUGGAGUUGUUUUCUUGCUUUUCAACAUUGGCCUUGAGCUAUCUGUUGAAAGACUGAGUUCCAUGAAGAAAUAUGUUUUUGGAUUAGGCUCCGUUCAGGUUCUUGUGACAGCAGCAGUAGUUGGAUUGAUUGCUCAUUAUGUUGCUGGUCAGGCUGGUCCAGCGGCAAUAGUUAUUGGAAAUGGCCUGGCACUGUCCUCCACUGCUGUUGUCCUUCAGGUUCUACAAGAACGGGGUGAGAGUACAUCUAGACAUGGACGGGCUUCAUUUUCCGUCUUGCUUUUUCAGGAUCUAGCCGUAGUUGUUUUACUGAUUCUCAUCCCACUUAUUUCACCUAAUUCAUCGAAAGGAGGGGUUGGGUUUCAAGCCAUUGCAGAAGCUCUUGGGCUUGCUGCAGUAAAAGCAGCAGUUGCUAUUACUGCCAUAAUUGCUGGUGGACGUCUUCUUCUUCGCCCAAUCUACAAGCAAAUUGCUGAAAAUCGAAAUGCCGAGAUAUUCUCUGCCAACACACUUCUCGUUAUUCUUGGUACUAGUUUACUGACAGCUAGGGCUGGACUUUCCAUGGCAUUAGGAGCGUUUUUGGCUGGUCUACUUCUUGCAGAGACAGAAUUUUCCUUGCAAGUAGAAUCAGAUAUUGCUCCAUACCGUGGUCUUCUACUGGGACUAUUCUUCAUGACGGUUGGCAUGUCUAUUGAUCCGAAACUUCUUCUCUCUAACUUCCCUGUCGUCGUGGGAACUUUGGGGCUCUUGAUAGUAGGCAAGACUAUGUUAGUCGUGAUCAUGGGAAAGUUGUUUGGUAUUUCAAUCAUAUCUGCAAUUAGAGCCGGUCUUCUUCUGGCUCCAGGCGGAGAGUUUGCAUUUGUUGCUUUCGGAGAAGCAGUCAAUCAGGGCAUAAUGUCUCCUCAGCUGUCUUCGUUGCUGUUUCUUGUCGUGGGAAUCUCAAUGGCUAUCACACCUUGGUUAGCUGCUGGUGGCCAGUUAAUUGCAUCCCGAUUUGAAUUGCAUGAUGUUCGAAGUUUAUUGCCGGUUGAAAAUGAGACGGAUGAUUUGCAGGAUCACAUAAUUAUCUGCGGAUUUGGACGAGUUGGUCAGAUAAUUGCUCAGCUUCUUUCAGAAAGACUUAUCCCAUUCGUCGCCCUCGAUGUCAGCAGUGAUAGAGUGACUAUCGGGCGUUCCAUGGAUCUUCCUGUUUAUUUUGGAGACGCUGGUAGUAGAGAGGUUCUCCACAAAAUUGGAGCUGAGAGAGCAUGUGCUGCUGUGGUUGCCUUAGACGCACCAGGAGCAAAUUACAGAUGUGUCUGGGCUUUGAGCAAGUAUUACCCCAAUGUCAAAACCUUUGUCCGUGCUCACGACGUUGUUCAUGGUCUUAAUCUAGAAAAAGCCGGUGCUACUGCUGUUGUCCCGGAGACUCUGGAGCCGAGUCUACAGUUGGCAGCUGCUGUUCUUGCUCAGGCAAAAUUACCAACAUCAGAAAUAGCAAACACAAUCAACGAGUUCAGAACCCGUCACCUGUCUGAACUAACUGAGCUAUGUGAAACAAGCGGAAGCUCUCUGGGCUACGGUUUCUCAAGGACGAGUAAGCCUAAACCUCAAUCGUCAAAUGCAUCUGAUGACAAUCAGAUAAUCGAAGGAGGCACACUCGCUAUCUGA